AUGUAUUCCCUAGCCUCCAGAGAACGAGUAUCGUCGACGGCCAGCAUCUUCCAUCUGAAGCCUAAAGGAGAUUUGCAAGGCCUCGAGCGGUACACAGACGCCUGGAAGAGGGGUAUAUGGAACGUCCAUUUCAUACAACCGCAACUGCAGAUUGUGAGAGCCUACACCCCUCUGCCACCUGUGGGCGUCGAUAACAACGAGGGCGAGCGGGAGUUGAGGUUCUUGAUCAGGAAUGACCCUCAUGGCGAAGUCUCGAGUUACCUGCACAGACUGCCUAUCGGUGCGGAGAUCGAACUGAGGGGUCCCAACAUCGAGUACAAGUUGACCCCAGAUGUUCGCCAGAUUGUGUUCCUUGCCGGAGGGACUGGGAUUGCUCCGGCUCUCCAGGCCGCUUACGCUCUCUUCGAAGGCAACAAGGGCACAGGCGAGGAGCAGGCAAACAAGAACAAGAAGAUACACAUUCUCUGGGCCAACAGACUUCGGGAAGACUGCAUGGGCGGCGUCAGUGAUGCUCCGCCCGCCGAAGCUGUGCCCCCGAAGCCGACCUGGUCCGGAUUCUUCACGAAACCCAAGGUCAAGCCUCCGCCUGCGGUGUCCCAGGAACAGGGUCUCAUGGUGAAGGAACUGGAAGCGCUCAAGAAGAAGUAUCCAGGCCAAGUCACCGUCGAAUACUUUGUCAAUGCGGAAGAUACAUGGAUUGACGAAGACGCUGUUUUCCGAGCUCUGUCGCGGUUCGACGACAAGGACUUUUUUACCGGGUUCGCCACCUCUCCAGAGCAGCGUCAGAUUCUUAUCUCAGGGCCCCCAGGCUUUAUUGCAUACCUUGCUGGUCCUAAAGAAUGGAGGAAUGGUCGGGAGGAGCAAGGCACCGUCAGCAGGAUUAUUGCUCAUGCGAUCUCGCAAAAUCCGCACAAUGUCAAGGUCUGGAAGAUAUAA